UGUACUACGAAAUGAACACAACGAACAACGGAACUAACUAUGGAGGGAGAGAGUAGCCGUAGCAGAGGAGCAAAGGAAGCAAGGAAAAUCCCGAUUCUGCCGUGGGAACUCGUAAUCGAGAUUUUGUUGAGGUUGCCUGUGAAAUCCCUCUUCCGUUUCAAAUGUGUAUGUAAGUCAUGGCUUUCUCUUCUCUCUGAUCCACACUUUGCAACAUCACAUUUUCAACGACCCACCGCAAACACGGCCAGACUUUUGCUCAUAGCGCCUCCUAAUCCUGAGAUUCGAUCAAUAGAUUUCAAUGCAUCCCUUCACGAUGAUUCUGCAACUUAUACGUUAAACCUAGACUUUCUAUCUCCCAGGGAUUAUAAUGAUCUUCGCAUAAUAGGUUCCUGCAGAGGAUUUUUACUUCUGAACUCUUAUCAAAGUCUCUGGGUGUGGAAUCCAUCAACGGGUGUCCAUAAAAAGUUACCUUCCACUCUUAUUGAGUCAAAUCUGAGGCAACCCAUGUUUCCUUCAUUUCUCUAUGGUUUCGGGUACGACCCAUCAACUGACGACUACUUGGUGGUUAAAGUGUCAUGCAAAACAGAGCAUGCAAUCACCCGUGUGGAGUUUUUUUCGCUCAGAACUAAUGUUUGGGGAGAUGUUGAGGCUACCCAUUUGUCUUAUAUGAACGACUCUGAUGAUAUCAGAGGAGGAUCGCUUUUGAAUGGUGCUAUUCAUUGGUUGGCUUAUUGUGGUGGAUCAAUGGAUGUCAUUGUUGUCUUUGAUUUAACUGAGAGGAAACUCUCAGAGAUGCUUUUGCCGGUUGAACUUUUAGAUUACGAUGACAUUGAUUAUUAUGAUCUGGGGGUGCUUGGAGAUUUGCUUAGUAUAAGUUUUGUGGAGUGGGACGGUUCAUUGGAAAUAUGGGUGAUGGAAGAGUACGGAGUGCAGUCAUCUUGGACAAAGACUAUUGUUGUGUCUGCUGAAAACAUGUCUCCUGAUACGCACUUCUUCCCGAUAUGCUACACAAAAGGUGGUGAUAUUUUUGGGAAAUAUGGUGGUACUGGAUUGGCAAAAUAUAAUGGAAUGGGACAGCUGCAACAGCAUCGAUCCUAUUGUAGUGGUUGGUAUGGAUUCGUGGUGGCUGUGUAUACAGAGUCACUGCUUUCAUUCCCCAUGUGAUGGCAGCAAGCAAACUGAAGAAGAUGACUAACUAUAAACAAGAAGUAUUAGGUCAUGAAAUACUUUGUGAUCAGAAAUAUGCGUUGGUUCAACAGAAGAUGGUGAUGAUGGUGCAGCUCUCUAGUCCUUGGAUUUGAUUUUCAAUAUUUUGUUAUCUUUUGGAAAACUAUGUGGUUGUUAUCCCUUUAUAUUUCCUUUGGAUAUAUGAAUUUACUUUUGUUUCUCUUUAUUUGUUUCUUUAUUAUCUUUGGGGACGAGA